UGGUGUUGUUUGGUGUUAAAUAUGAGGUUAUCAAAGUUAUUUUUGUAAACAUGAACUUUAUUAUCAAUUAUUUUUCAGUUAGAAGUAAGAAGUUUACGUCAGAGAGAUUGUGAUUUUUCUAUGAAGAAAUUGUGCUUCAUAUCAUUAGUUUAGUUUGUGCAGUGAAAGAGAAAAUGAAAAAACAAGGUGGAAUUUUGAGGUUAUACCGCACGCCUGGUUGUACAGCAGCAAAAAAGUUUGAAAUUCUUCAAAAGCUUCAGCAAACAUGUAAAAGUUUAAAGGAUAUUCAAACGGAAAUAUGUUUUCAUAUCGAAUCAACAAGUGCCUUGGAAACAAAAGACGUUAAGAUUUUGAAAUGGGUUCUUCAAGAUCCUCUCCAUCCCCAAAAUCUAAGCGAAAAAGGAACCCUGGUAGCGAAAAAUGGUACGGCUUUGGUUGAAGUAGGACCUAGAUUUAAUUUUUCCACAUCAAGUUCCACAAAUGCUGUUUCUAUUUGCCAAAAUCUCGGUUUGGUCCAAGUAACUAGGUUAGAGGUCUCACGUCGCUAUCUUUUAUUAUUUAAUGAAGGUACCAAACUGACACCUCAAAUUGAAAAUAAUUUAGCAUCUUUACUAUAUGAUAGAAUGACUGAAUGCAGGUAUACUCCUGAAAAUAUACCUAAAGUUAGCUUUAAUGAAAAACUUGUUAAAAAGGAAGAUAUAAAAGACAUUGAUAUAUUAGGAAAAGGUGCAGAUGCUUUAAAAGCCAUUGAUAAAGAACUUGGUCUGGCCUUCGAUGAAGCAGAUAUAAUAUAUUACACAAAUUUGUUUAAGAAUGUUCUUAAGAGGAAUCCCACUAAUGUUGAAUGCUUCGACUUGGCUCAAUCUAAUAGUGAACACAGCAGACAUUGGUUUUUUAAGGGAAAAAUGGUUAUUGAUGGUGUAGAGCAUAAGCAAUCACUGAUAGAUAUGAUUAUUGAAACUCAAAAGCACACAAAUCCCAACAAUGUUAUAAAAUUCAGUGAUAAUAGUAGUGCAAUUAAGGGCUUCUUACACAGAAGUUUAAGACCUGUAACAGCAGGUUCCCUCAGUGAGCUCAAGCAAGUGCCAGUAGAAUCUCAUCUCAUUUUCACUGCAGAAACUCACAAUUUCCCCACUGGUGUAGCCCCUUUCAGUGGAGCCACUACAGGAACUGGAGGAAGAAUUAGGGAUGUACAAAGUGUGGGAAGGGGUGGUUAUUGCAUAGCUGGUACUGCUGGUUAUUCUGUAGGCAAUCUUCAGAUUCCAGAUUACGAUUUACCAUGGGAAGACAAAAACUUCUCUUAUCCACCAAACUUUGCUCCACCUUUAGAAGUUCUGGUUGAAGCAAGUAACGGAGCAUCAGAUUAUGGUAAUAAGUUCGGUGAACCCUUGAUUUCAGGCUUUGUAAGAUCGUUUGGUCUUGUUGAUGCAGCUGGAGAGAGAAAAGAGUGGAUUAAACCUAUCAUGUUUAGUGGAGGUAUUGGGAGCAUGGAAGCAGAUAUGACUGAGAAGCUACAACCUAAAUUAGGACACCAAAUCAUAAAAAUUGGAGGACCUGUUUACAGAAUUGGAGUAGGAGGAGGAUCUGCUAGUUCAGUCGAGGUACAAGGGGACAACAAAGUAGAAUUAGACUUUAAUGCUGUACAAAGAGGUGACGCUGAAAUGGAAAACAAACUGAACAGAGUCGUACGUGCUUGCUUAGAACUAGGUUCCAAAAACCCUAUCGUCAGUAUUCAUGACCAAGGAGCUGGAGGAAAUGGAAAUGUUUUGAAAGAAUUAGUAGAGCCGAUAGGAGGAAUCAUAUACGCCAAUAAAUUUGAGUUGGGUGAUCCGACAAUAAACGUUCUGGAGUUGUGGGGAGCCGAAUAUCAAGAAAAUAAUGCGUUGUUAUGUAAAAAAGAAGAUCUGCCUCUUCUAAAGAGUAUUUGUGCAAGAGAAAGAUGUCCUGUAAACGUUGUAGGUGAAGUAACUGGCACAGGAAGAGUAGUUCUGGCUUUAGACGAAAGCAAGGCUGUUACACCAUUUAAUUUGGAAUUGGAACAUGUAUUAGGAAAGAUGCCCCAGAAAGUCUUUAAGUUAAACAGACAUAAAGUAGCCAGUAAACCAAUCGAGUUCCCAAAAGCCCUUUCGAUCUACCAAUCUCUGCUGCGAGUAUUAAGGUUGCCAUCUGUUGGCAGCAAGCGGUACUUAACCAACAAAGUAGAUCGGUGUGUUACAGGUUUGAUAGCUCAGCAGCAAUGUGUGGGACCACUACACACACCUUUAGCUGAUGUUGCUGUUACAGCGCUUUCUCAUUUUGGACACGAGGGUAUAGCGUCAUCUAUUGGAGAGCAACCUAUCAAAGGUUUGGUGAACACUGCAGCCGGUGCUAGAAUGACAGUAGUUGAAGCUCUAAGCAAUCUCGUGUUCGCCGGUAUUACCAGUUUACGCGACGUCAAAUGCAGUGGUAACUGGAUGUGGGCUGCCAAGCUCCCUGGCGAAGGGGCAGCUCUUUAUGAUGCAUGCAAAGCUAUGUGCGACGUUAUGAGCGAGUUAGGAAUCGCUAUCGAUGGUGGAAAGGAUUCUUUGAGUAUGGCAGCUAGAGUUGGAAAAGAUACUGUCAAAGCUCCAGGAACCUUAGUAGUUUCUACUUAUGCUCCCUGUCCUGAUAUUCGAAAAGUUGUUACCCCUGAUUUCAAAGCACCUUCUAUGGGAAAAACAGGAACAAUUCUGUUCGUAGAUCUUUCCCGAGGUGAUAGUAGACUUGGGGGUUCGGCUUUAGCUCAAGCAUUUGGUCAACUUGGAGAAGAAUCUCCUGAUCUUCAUAGCGCUGAAGAAUUAGUAAACGCAUUUAAUGCAACACAACAGUUAAUAAAAGAUGAUUCAAUCUUGGCAGGACACGACAUCAGCGACGGAGGCUUAAUCGUAUGCCUAUUAGAAAUGUGCUUCGCAGGAUUGUGUGGUAUGGAAGUUGAUGUUCAACACAGACAGGGCAAACCACUCAAUAUUUUGUUUGCCGAAGAAGUUGGAUGGGUACUGGAAGUUUUGGAUGAGGAUGUUGCUCACUGCCUGAAUGUGUUUUCGAAUCACAACGUGCCAGUAUUCAAAAUAGGAAAGACUGUUGGAUACGGAAUUAAAUCUAAAUUUGGAAUCAUAGCUAACAAUGCUUGCCUAGAAAGUACAAUUUUACCAUUGAUGAAGCUUUGGGAAGAGACUAGUUAUAGGUUAGAAUUACAUCAGACUAUCAAAUCCUGUGCCGAUUCGGAAUUCCAUGGUCUUCCAAGCCGAACUGGACCCAAAUACGUACUGACGUUCGACCCUGAUCACGAUCAGACUGUAAAGGACGAAUUGGUUCCUGUGGCUGUGAUAAGAGAAGAAGGAACAAAUGGAGAUAGGGAAAUGGCUGCAGCGUUGAUAAGAGCCGGGUUCAAAGUGUGGGAUAUCACCAUGCAAGAUCUACUGAGCGGUGUGGCCACUUUGGAUAGGUUUAGGGGAGUGAUAUUCCCUGGAGGUUUCAGUUAUGCAGAUGUCUUGGGUUCUGCUAAAGGUUGGGCGGCUAGUAUUCUAUUCAACAAAACCGUCCGAGAACAGUUCGACAAAUUCUUUGCCAGAAGAGACACGUUCAGUUUAGGAGUAUGUAACGGAUGCCAAUUGAUGGCUCUUAUCGGGUGGGUUGGAACACCUGUUAAUGAAGGUACUAAACCAGAUAUAAUGUUGGAACAUAAUUUGUCUGAAAGAUUUGAGUGCCGCUGGAGUACGGUCAAGAUAGAAAAAUCCAAAGCCAUAAUGUUAAAGGGUAUGGAAGGGUCUUCAUUUGGUGUGUGGGUUGCUCAUGGAGAAGGUCGAUUCACGUUCAAAUCAGACACCAUCUAUGACCAAUUGAAAUCCGAAGACCUUGUCGCUUUGCGUUACGUAGACGAUAAUGGUAAACCGACUGAAAUUUAUCCUAUGAAUCCCAAUGGAAGUAUUGAAGGAUUAGCGGGAGUGUGUUCCGAAGACGGAAGACAUUUAGCAAUGAUGCCGCAUCCGGAAAGAUGCGUUCAACCAUUCCAAUGGCCGUACAUGCCACAAAGCUGGGUACAUUACAAGAAGAGUCCAUGGGAGAAGAUGUUUAGAAACGCUUAUGAAUGGUGUAGAAGCAAUAAAUUCCAUAAUGUUUAUUAUUAAGUUUAAAAAAAAUGUAAAAAAUAAUUAUUGUCGAUAUUUCAAUGAACUUUCCGAUCUAUGGUCGCACAUCGACUAAAUAUAAUGAACGCUCAUGACGUGUAGGUCAACUUUUAUAACGUUUAUACCCAUUUUUGAGGGUAUUAUAGUUAAUAUAUAGCGGGAAUUAACAACAAUUAUACUAUUGGAAAAUGCCAUUUACGUUUUCUCUUCAAGGCGAAAUACAAAUAAAAUAUUACUAAUCUUAUAAUUACCGUUAAUAAUUCCCAAUGUAUAUUAAUUACAAAUGUACGUUAAGAUUUCAUAUCUUUUGUACUAUGCAUGGUCAUAUUUCGAAUGAAAUUUCGUUUCAUAGUGUAAUUUAAAUUGAUCUAGAAUAUUUUUGUUUAAUAUAUACAUACUUUCUAUACAUACGUUGGAUUUGUCAUUUUUUAGUUAUUUUUUUUUAUAUUAAAUAUUCGUAAAUAUUUUGUGGAACCAUAUCAUUAUCUAAAUUUAAAAAGCUAGAAAAUUUUAUAUAUAGAAAAUGUAAUAUUAUAAUUGAUCUUUUAAAAAGGUCAGUUAUUUUAAUACUAUGUAUAUUAGUGAUGUAACGAAUAUUAGCAUUCGCGAAAUUUGUGCGAAUGUUUUGCAAAUAUAAAUAUAAGAAGAAAAAAAUAAUUUGAAGAUUAGGUUAAUAAAAUAAAAAUCCAUUUUUCAGUUUUUUUUAUUAAGAAAACUCACUUUCUUUUAAAGCUUAGAAAACUAUAAAAUUAGAAAACAAAAAAAUAAAUGAUGCAAUGUAAACAAACAAAAACAAAUUAUUCUCUGAAAUUUUUAUUAUCCUGAAGAUUUUAAUUUUAGACAAUCAUCUUCAAAAAGCUAAAAAUUAUUCAACUAAAUACUAUUCAAACUAAAAAUAGUCUUAUAUGUUUUUAUGUAAAGAGUUUAAACAAACAAAUAUAAACAGCCCGUUAUUUGCUUAUAGAGAUUUUCGAAAAAUAUUAAUUUUGUGUUAACAAAAAUACCGCCCUCUCUUAUUAAAAAAUAACAAAUUCUCUGUUUUGACUUAUUUUUCAAGUUUUUUUUAACAAUAAGUAAAAACAGAGAAAUAUUAUUGGAAAUAAAAGCUUUGACGCCUUUUCUCCUUCAAGCCUGUUUCGAUGUGGCGUCUUAAGAAAUCCAGCGCCACUAAACAAGCGCUCGCUAGGGACACUCUUUGGUGAUAUAACUAAAUUUUGCCGUAUUACAGGAAAAAGAAGAUCGUACCUUCCCUUGUUCACUUUCCACAAUGCUAGGGGGUCGACGUCACCUGCCACACGUUUUUCCAAUGAGUAUUCUGUGACAGUUUUACGGAUUAAAUGAUGGACAGUGUUUUGAAAACUAAGAAGAGGUAUGUCAUCUUCUUUACCAUCAGUCGUAUCCAUCAGUAAACUCAUUAUUUCUUUUAAGGACAGACACGCUUUGCAUUCGGGUAAAGUGAAUUGGAAGAUAUGUCGGUUUGAUUGUCUCUGAGCAAAUCCAAAAUAUGCUCUAUGACAAGCUCUUUAGUCGACGUAUUUUUAAAAAAUUUUGCUUUAUAUCUUGGGUCAAUGAAGGUCGUCGUGGUAAACAAUAAUUCAUUCUAUAAACCCGAAAACUUACGAAUGAGCUCAUUUUUAUGACGGCAAUCGUAUCACCAAUGUGUUCAUCAGAUGAAUCAAUAUCAUGAACAACUUUUUCUAGAGUGUCGAUUAAGGGAAUUACAGAAGAAAUAGAAACAUCGACAGCACUUAACUCUCUGGUGUCUUCUUCAAAUGGUCUUAGUAAACGUUUAAGUUUUUCAACAAUCAUCCACUCUUCAGAAUUUUAUUAUUUGCCGAAGCGUACAGACUACAGACAUAAUGACUCUUUGACUUAAAAAAUAAAGUGCUGUUCCACCUAGUAGCACAUUCUUAAGUAAUCUUAAGAUGUUUUUGAUUAAGCCUUUUUUGUAUAUCGGUCAGCUCAUCUUAAGCAGCAGUCGAAUGAUGAAAAUGAGUUGCCAUAUUUUUGCAUUUUGUUAUGGCAGCCACGACAGAUUCUUGAGCUUUCAUCCCUGCUUUUAUCACGUUUUGAAUCUUCUGAGAAGCACAGUCAAUAUGAUCAACAUUUUCAUAUUAGCACCUGCAUCGCGAACUACACAUUUCACUUUUUCCUUGGAUAUUUCCCAAAACGACAAGAUGUCUUUUAGUUGUGAGCAUUAUCUUCUGCAUAAUUGUUGAAUUACUAAAUUUAUCCGAACUUAUCUAACUACACACCUCGCGCAAAUGAGACUGCCGGCAGUACCGGAGACAAUUAAAAUUGCCAAGUUAACAAAAACUUAAUAUUCGAAUUCGCGAAUGUCGGUGGCAUAUAUUCGCAUUCGCGAAUGUUCAAAAAAUGACAUUCGUUACAUCACUAGACUGUAUAGAUAUUGUGUUCUGCUCAAAUAUAAAAGUAAUAAUUUAUCACAUUGCUCUCGAUGACGUGAUAAUAGGCUGAGUUUAACAAAAUAUAAUGGUCCUAUUAGCGCCAGAUUUAGUGUUCAUUUCAGAAAAACCUUUUAGUAGAUUGGUAACCGCUAUAUUUUUCGAGACCAUCCACUUCGUCGUAUAUUACAACGUUUUCCAUUGUAUUUCUUGUUUUGCGUUGUUAACAAUUAAUAAGCCUGUAAUUUCUUUUACUAAGUAUACUUGUUUGUAUAUAAUGUUGCUAUUCACUCUUGAAAUGCCCCGAAAACGGUGCUCUAGUCAGCUUAAAAACUUCAAACUUUGCAUUGUUAGUUUUUUAAAAUUUACAGAAAGGGAACUUAAAGAAGUUGAUAUCUGUUAAUUUGGCCGAAUUUUGGAAUGACUCUUUUAAAUAAUACAGGCAGAGGCUUAUUUUAUAUCGGCCAUAGGGGUACUCUGCUUCAUUUGCGACAAAGGGUGAUGCCAAAAUACGACACUACACAUUAUUCCGUCUUUAGAGGGAGAGCUAGUAAAUUAUCAAUCAGAUGUUAUCGAGCAAAUGAUAUUUUUAAAGCAAGUCUUUUUUAAAUCUAGGCUUUGGACUGGUGAAUAAAACCCUAAGUUUCUUUUCUAAUGUUGUUCUGUUACGUACAGUACUAUUUUAUAGAAGUUAGGUAAUUACGUCUGCAUUGUAUAAUAUCUUCGCGUUCAAUGCGAGUAGUUUUUAGACUUUUCUUCAAGUACCUACAAAAUAAUAAAACGUACAUUUGAGUAAAGUUCUUUUUCUUCUAAUUGAUUGCCUUAUGCAGACACAGUAUGAAGAUUUUUUGUGUUGCACCUUUUAUUUACUACAUAUUUGUGGCAUACCUAUAUUUACUUACUUAUGGAAGAUUUGGGCGGUUGUUAAUUUGACUUAGUGGGCAUUUCAUUCUUGAAAAAGGAGAUGUGUACUAUCUGUCAUACAAAUGUUUUAACUUUUUCAUCAUAUGUUGCAAGUAUAGAAGGUUGACCUUCAAUUUGUUUAGAUCUUACUGCUCCAGUCUGCUUGUAUUACAUUAUUAUACUACUACUACUACUGUGUACUGAAAGACACGUAUCGGGAUAGAAACAAAAAUGUAAAAGUCAUGGAUAGCAACAUUCUCUAACAGAUUAAUAUGAAAAAAAAUAUCAAGUAAAUCACGACAGAAAAUAUUUUUUUUUAAAGGAAAGCAAAUAGUAUGACAUUUUAUAAUUAAUUAAAACUUUAUUUAUAUUUAAAUAAAAUAGCCAAGUUCGUCGCGAUAUUAGUAACAUACAUUCCCAAUUUACAAUACUGUAUAAUAAAGCAAUUGUUAAAAUACAUAUUUUUUUAUAAAAUAUUAUUUGAAUCUUUUCUAUGACAAUAAUUUUUAACUUCUAGGUAAUUUAGGAACUAUUUUUAUAAAUAAUUAAAAAGUAAAUGCUUUAUUUUUAUAAUGUACUUUUCUAUAAAGUGUUAGGGGAUAUUUUUAUUAUUGUUAAAUAAAUUUAUUGUUAUCGAAUAUUUAGCAUUAUCUUUUUAUUUGACGCUGAUACACCCAAAACCAGUUCAAAGUACAAUAUUUUGCUCUUUAAUAAUCUUGCAAAUCUCAUCGUUCAUUAAAUGAACAAAAACU